AUGGCCAGGUCCCCCUUUAAUCCCAGGUCAGGGCAUUUGAUGGCCAGGUCCCCCUUUAAUCCCAGGUCAGGGCUUUUGAUGGCCAGGUUUCCCUUUAAUCCCAGGUCAGGGCAUUUGAUGGCCUGGUCCCCCUUUAAUCCCAGGUCAGGGCAUUUGAUGGCCAGGUUCCCCCUUUAAUCCCAGGCCAGGGCUUUUGAUGGCCAGGUUUCCCUUUAAUCCCAGGUCAGCUCUGAUGGCCAGGUCCCCCCUCUUAAUCCCAGGUCAGGGCAUCUGAUGGCCAGGUUCCCCUUUUAAUCCCAGGUCUGGGCAUCUGAUGGCCAG